AUGGUCAAGCGAGUAUUGGUCGACAGUGGGUCGUUGGCAGAUAUUAUCACGCUGGAAUGUCUGAAGAAGCUGAAAUACAGCCAAAAAGAUGUCACCCUCCUCGAUCAACCACUCAUAGGCUUCGGGGAAAACUCUGUUCAUCCGGUCGGCUCUAUAAAGUUACCCACUCGGAUGGCUGAAAAAGGCAAGGGAAGAAGCCUACCAAUUGACUUCCUGGUGGUCGACAUCCCUUUACCGUACAACAUAAUAAUGGGGAGACCCACCCUGAACAGAACAAAGGCUGCUAUCUCCACCUACCAACUGCUUAUGCAAUUCGAAAUGGAUGACAGAAAAGUUGGGAAGAUACAGGGGGAUCAGCAAGCCGGAAGAGAAUGCUAUUUGAUUAGCCUGAAGAGUAAAGCCGAUAUCGACGCCCAAAAGGACUCAAAGAAAAGAAAAAGAGAAGAUGGUCCGACAAAAGGCAUCGGGGUGUACAUCGCUGAAAACCCCAAACAGUACGAAAGACCUCAGCCAGCCGAGGAAGAUGAAGAGGUCGUGAUCGGCGGGGAGCCCGGUCGGACCGUAAGGGUAGGCAAGGCCCUGGACCCUCAAACUAGAGCACAAGUUAUGGAGGUGCUCAGGGAAUAUCAAGAUGUGGUCAAGAACCCGAGUGGGGCUUGGCACAUGUGCGUGGACUUUACAGACCUGAACAAGGCCUGUCCAAAAGACAACCACCCUCUCCCCAAAAUUGAUAGGCUAGUCGAUUCUACAGCCGGCCACGCCCUCUUGAGCUUCAUGGACGCCAAUGCAGGGUACCAUCAGAUACCUAUGGCAGAACACGACCGAGUCCAUACCGCUUUCACCACCCCUCAAGGGGUUUAUUGUUACAAGAUGCAUGAUGUCGUUCGGCUUGAAAAAUGCGGGAGCCACUUACCAGCGAACUGUUAA